AUGGGAUUUUUCGAGUUACAGAGACAAGGAGGACGACGAAUUGAGCGGGAAGAAGAAUUAGAAACAGCGUUUCCUUGUGAACGUUUGAAGGGUAGUUUUUCGGUGUUUAAGCUGAACGAGAAGAAGAAGAAAUGGAAAAAGAUAAAGAGUAUAGGUGAUGAUAAGAUAUUGUUUAUAACUUUUGAUGGUUGUUUCUUCGCCUCGGCCAAUGAUUUUCCAGGAUGGAAAGGGAAUUGUAUUGUAUUCCAUUAUCACAGAUUUGACGAAUUUGAAUAUGCUUUUAUUAAAUUUGUGGUUGGUGUUUUUCAUCUCGACGGUGGUGAUAGUGGUCCGCUAACAUCUUUUCCGGGCUAUUAUAACAUGUUAUGGCCACCACCAUCAUGGCUCUGGACCGAUACAGGUUUAUUAAACAUAGGUGAAAGUGAUAUGGAAGGAGAAAGAGAAGUACCCAACUCUGUGCAAGCUUCCAAAAGACGACGACAUUCUUUAAGAAGAAGGGAAAUGAUAUUCUGGAGAUUAACUACUCCUUGGGUCCUUUCGAUACGAAGAAGAAUGAAAAGGAAGCAUCACAGGAGAAGAAGAUUAGGUUGUUCCUGAGAUGAAAGCGAUAUGCUUAGCUGAGAAUUUAUCAGACUGAGUGUUCUGCCAUCUGUAAUAGUUAACUGUUUGAUAAAUAGGAUGCUUCAUCCUGUUAUAUUAAGUGAUAUAUAUUUU